UCCGCCCUGUACUCUGAAGUGGUCAGAGUCCAGAGAGCUGAGCCAUCACAGAGUGGAUGACCAGCAGCAAGGUAGACACCUCCGCUCAGCUCACAACUGAAGCUGUUCUACCCCACCGAGAGGAUGAAGGUCCCUGUGACUGCCCUCUUUCUCUGCCUCCUCGUCCUCACCAUGACUUCUGCGUUUUAUAAUGAGCCAAAGAUUCCUGAGUCGGUGAACUCCUCCCCCACCUGCUGCCUGAAGCAUCAAGAGAAACCACUGCCAAGGAAACUGGUGGUGGGUUACAGAAAGGCCCUCUACUGUGCCCUGCCAGCAAUCAUCUUUGUUACCAAGAAGAACCGCGAAGUCUGUGCCAACCCUGAAGACAAAUGGGCCCAAGAUUAUAUCAACGAUCCCACCAUACCUCUGCUGCCUGACAAGAACUUGGCUUCAGUGACCAGAACAAAGAACGGCCGGGUCCAGCUGACCAACUCCCCGUGAUGAUCAGGCCUCAGGGGAAGCCCAGGUUUGGGGGAGGAAGGGAUAGGCCUAUGAAAACAUGAGCGGGCAUGGCCAGAGAAAUAGGCCAAUGAUCAAAAUAAAGGAGGAACAAUUUGA